AUGCCUCGCGGACCUAAGAAGCACCAGAAGCGCCUUAGUGCGCCCUCGCACUGGCUCCUGGACAAAAUGUCCGGAACCUAUGCCCCCAAGGCCUCUCCCGGUCCUCACAAGCUCCGUGACUGCCUGCCCCUGAUCGUCUUCAUCCGCAACCGUUUGAAGUACGCUCUCAACGGCCGCGAGACCAAGGCUAUCAUGAUGCAGCGUCUCAUCCAGGUCGACGGCAAGGUCCGCACUGACCCGACCUACCCCGCCGGUUUCAUGGAUGUCAUCGGUAUCGAGAAGACCGGCGAGAACUUCCGUCUCAUCUACGACACCAAGGGCCGCUUCACCGUCCACCGCAUCCAGGCCGAGGAGGCUGAGUUCAAGCUCUGCAAGGUCAAGCGUGUGCAGCUCGGCAAGGGCGGGAUCCCAUUCUUGGUUACGCACGAUGCGCGAACCAUCCGUUACCCCGACCCCGCCAUCAAGGUCAACGACACCGUGAAGGUUGACAUUGCCACCGGCAAGAUCGUUGACUUCGUCCGCUUCGACACUGGUGUUGUCACCAUGGUCACCGGUGGUCGUAACAUGGGUCGUGUUGGUGUCGUCACCCACCGUGAGCGCCACGACGGAGGUUUCAACAUCGUCCACGUCAAGGACGCUAUUGACAACACCUUCGCCACCCGUGAGUCCAACAUCUUCGUCAUUGGACAGGAGAAGCCCUGGAUCUCCCUGCCCAAGGGCAAGGGUGUCAAGCUCACCAUUGCUGAGGAGCGUGACCGCCGCCGCGCCUAUGCUUCCCAGAACUAAGUUCUUGGGAUGGUAAGUGACGUUGGCUGUUGGUAGUAAUUAAAAAAAUGCUCUAAAACUCGGCUGGAGAGGACGUCUUGUCUUGCUUUGUGGGCCUGUAUGACUCCGGUUAAUAACGAUUCUUAUGAUGCGUUACUUAGCAGAAAAAAGUUUUUGUCUACAGGACGCAUGUUAAGGAUCUGCUUGUGUCAAGUUUCUUUCCGUUCCGUAGCGCGCAGUAUAGGAAGCAAAGCCGAGGCAGAGUGUCUCCCCAAAAAUUCUGUGAUACCUCUAAUGACGUUUUGCAAGCGAUUUUCAACUUUUUCAAUU